UAAAAAUGUUACGAUAAAAUGAUUAAAUAAUGUCAUAUAGUAUGGGAACAAUAAUAGGCAGAAUGUUCGACUUUAAUUCACCACUAUUGGAACUUGCAGUGUAUGACUUUGCAAUACAAUAUGCGGUAUUUAUUGUAUCUGCUUUUCUUAAGACGGAAAUCUUUUAUGAUUUGACCGGAAGUAUUACAUUUAUCGUCUUAUCUCAUAUGUGCAUAUCAUGGAAUCCGGAACGAUCCUUGAGACAGAUGAUACAGUCGGGAAUGAUACUAACAUGGGCUGUUAGGCUUGGCACAUUUCUGUUUAUAAGAGUAAUCAAAAGUGGAAAAGAUAGAAGAUUUGAUAAAGUUAGAGAAAAUCCAAAACGAUUCUUUGUGUAUUGGACACUACAAGGUAUGUGGAUUUUCAUCACUCUCCUACCCACAAUGAUGCUCCUUAGUCGUCCAGAUUACUCCCCUUUCACCAUCAGAGAUUACCUUGGUUUUGGUCUGUGGGCGUUUGGAUUCACAUUUGAAGUUGUUGCUGAUUUCCAAAAGUCUGUUUUUUGCAAUAUUCCAGAAAAUAAGGGAAAAUAUAUUACUACUGGUCUAUGGUCUGUUUCUCGACAUCCCAAUUAUCUAGGAGAAAUUCUUUUGUGGUUUGGUUUGUACUUUUCAGCCAGCUCUACCUUCAGAGGAAAAGAAAUGUUGACAGUUUUAUGUCCCGUUUUUGACAUGUUCCUCAUAACUAGAAUCAGUGGAAUACCAAUUUUGGAAAAACACGGACUUCAAAAAUGGGGCAAUGACCCUAAAUAUAUCAGCUAUGUUAAAGAUACUUCCAUAUUAAUACCAUACCUAUGGUAGCAUAAGAAGGUGCAGUUCUGGAUAGCUGAGCUAUGACCUUGACAAUGUUUACCUGGUUUUGAGGAGUUAGUUCAGUGGAAGAGGAACUUAUUGGCACGGAUUCAAGUUGAAAUAUUUUGGCAAAACUACUAUGAAAAUAACCCAACUCAACUCGGUGCAAACUAUCCUUUACCCGAAAAUGGAAUAAACAUUGUCUAAGUCUGAGGUCAACUUAUCAGAGCCUCACUAUAAAACCCAUGAGAUGACAUGACUGGUUUGGACUCAUUGAUUCAAUUGAUCACCAGAGAGAAGUUGUGCACAAUGUGCAGUAGAAGGUCUUAACACCACAACUGCUGACGAAUAUAGAAAUAUUUAAUGUUAAUGAAAAUGUGUUGCAAAUCAAAAAACUAUAAAUUAAAAUAUCUUGAUUUUCGAAAAUCUGAAAAUAUUGAGGGAAAGAUGCUAUCAGUAGCAUACCAAAGUGAAAAAUAACAAGAUUCUAUUCAACAUAUAUUAAUCAUGGCCCAACUUAAGAUAGCAACAUAAAGUACUGGACAUAAUAGUUAAAAAUUUGGCAGUUUUUUCAAAAUGACACUAGAUGACAGUACUUGCAGACUUUUUUGUGUAGCAAGUUAAAAGUUUUUCUUUUGUAUGUUAUCUAUCGCACUAUAAUCACAUGUGCAAAUAGAUAAGUUUUUUUUUGAAGUACAUCUUGUCAUGACUUAUUUCUCAGAUUCAUGAACAACUUUGUUUAUUCACAUUAUGCAUACUGUGAAUUCUGAAUUAUCUGUGUCUAGCUGUGUGGAAAGUAUUUUCAAAGUGAACUAAAACUAACUAUCAUUCCAGUUGGCAAGAAUAAAAAGCUACUGCAGGGUACAGAGAUCCACUUUUGAACGUUUUUUCAUAAAUAAAAAUUUGGUAAAAAUAUUACGUAAAAGAAGGUUACUUACUCCCCACCCAGGACAACUGAAGACGAACAGCUUCAAUUCCUUAAUUGGGAG